CCUGUCUUUGGGGUCCGGGCGCAGCCAGAUAGGUUCCACACUCCGGCCUGCCCCUCGCCAGAAAAGCCUGGAAAUCGUGUGGGCUAUUGUUGGGAGAAUCUGCCUCGCCACAGAGCUGACGUUGACUACAGCGGAGAACCAGCUUAACCCGUAUACUGCGAUAGCUCUCUUGCCUGUUGGGAUUUUUGCUAUUUUAAUAUUCUAGUUUUGAAAGUGGGAAGAAGAAACACCAGUGAUACCACGGGAAAACUUCCCUCUAAUGCUUGAACAGCUACUAUGAGCAUAAUAGAAACACUCUGGAAUCUGGGAGACAUUUUUCUUAGACCUGGGAUUUUGUGUAACUUUCCUGAACCUCAAUUUCUCCAUCUAGAAAAUGGGAACAAUAACGUAUACAUUUCAAACUUGUAAAGAUUAAAGAUACUUGAUUAAUCAGAAAAUUACAAAUUACUCUUCAAUAAAUACUAAGUUCUAUGUCAGAACGCAUUCCGUAUGUACUAAGGAAUAUAAAGACGAACAAGAGAAGGAUUGGUGCCAUUGCCAUUGUUUUUAUUUCCUCCUCCUAACAUUGUACUGGAAGUUUUCAAUGAAACGGCACAAGGCAAUCAGAAUACUGAAUUAUUAAAUAAUUAAGUUCACUAACUUGCAGAUAAAUUAUUACCUGGAAAACUAAGAAACCGAUUAAGUAUCAGCACCAAUAAGAAAAUUGACAAUGGUAACCAAUUAUAAUGGAAACAUUUAAAAAUCAGAAUAUUUACUUCAUGUCUACCUCAUGAAAAAAAUUACCAUGUAUCAAAUGGGUGAUGAAUUAAUAAUAGAUGUAUCUAAUUAAAGAACUGGAAGAAAAUGUAGCUGGGCAUAUAUGACUAAAAAAAUAUUUUUAACCAUAAAAAUCAAAGAUGGAAUUGAACAGAAAAACAUUGAAUACAUAAUCAUUUACAACUUGUAUAGUACCAAAUAUACAAGACAAAAUACAAAUAGUAAAUUUCGGAAAGGUAUUAAAGUUUAUAUUAUUUAAAGACAUUAUACAAAGUCUUAAAGACACAAAUGACAAAAGCCAAAAGGAAAAUAUGUAUAUAUUGGAUAGAGUUCUUGAAUCAAAAGAAAUACAUAAGUCCAAUAAGCAUGUGUUUAAUUUUUUCUAUUCAAAUACAGAUUAAAAGGAGGUACUAUUUUUCAUUUGUUGGGCUUUUUUUUUUUUUUUUUUUUAAACCUGAGACAGGGUCUUGCUCUGUCCCCUAGGCGAGUGUGCAGUGGCACAAUCAGGGCUCACUGCAGCCUUGACUUCUUAGGCACAAGCCAUUCUCCUUCCUCAGCCACUGGAGUAGCUGGGACUACAGGUGACCACCACGACACCUGGCUAAUUUUGUGUGUGUGUGUAUGUGUGUGUGUGUAUUUUUCGUAGAGACAAGGUUUUGCCAUGUUUCCCAGGCUAGGAAUAACUUUUGUAAAUGUGAAAUGUCUUCAUUUGUAGGGAUACAGCAAAAUAUACAAUAGUAUAUUACUGAUGGAAGUGUACUAGAGAAAUUUUUCAUAAUAUAGUUUGAUACUCUGUCAAAAGCCUUAAAGUAUGCCCUUUAACGCAGACAUUUAUCUUGGGAAAAUAGUGUACAAGUAUAUAUUAAAGUUUAUGAUUUUUCUGAAAUUAAAAGUUCAGAUUUCUCUGAAAUUAAAAGCUUAAUGUGAUUCACAGCCAUAGAAAGUCUUAAAAUCUCAAAAUUGUCUGGAAAGGACAUUUAAAUUAAUCAAUUUCACCUGCCCUCUGCAACCAUUUUAUACAUGUUAGUACAGACACUAAGUUCAGGUGAGUUUACCCAAACUUACCUAUUAUCUCAGUGGUGAAGCAAGGGCAGACCUUCAUGGUCUUCUGAGUCUGCUCUCCUGCUUUUUUCCAUCCUUUCCUGCUUUCUUACUUCUGUUAAUAAUUUGAUCAUCUUGGACAAUGAGACUUGAAACUUCAUAAUUAUCUUCUAUAGCUUCUUUUUUCUCAUCCUUGAUACCUAUCAGUCCUCAGGCCUUUUUGAUCCUUUCUCCAUUGUCUCUUGAAUCCAACCACAUUAGAUUGCACAACAGAAAAGUUGCUCAAAUUCCAUUUCCACCAGCAAUGGUAGAAAACAGAUAGUGAACAGAUAGAAUAUUGUAAAGUCGGAACAUUUUCUUCACUGCACUCUGCCAACUGUGAACAUUUAUCAUUUCAAAGAGUAAUUGCCAAAAAAUUAAUUCACCACUUGAGUUCAAGCCAUCAGGUUUUUUUUAAGCCAGUCAAAUUUAGCACUGGAGGGUUGUAUACCAACUUUAGUGACAUUACUGUUAAUAAAUUCUGAUAAGCCAUUACCAUCAGACCAGUUCAAACCAUCGGUUCUUACCUUAAUUAUUACAGUAGCUUUCUAACUAGUCUUCCUACUUAGCAGUUCUGCACCCAGCUUCUAGAUGAGUCACCACCAUACUCAAAAACUUUCUGUAGCUCUCAGUUUCAUACAUAAUUAAGUUCCACUGCAUUAACUUGGCACAAAAAAUAUUCAAUAAUAUAUUCUUAUUCUAUGGUUGUCUCUUAACGUUUGUAUCUUCAUUUCUUCUAUGCUGUGGCUGAACCGAAUUGCUUUCUUUUCCUUGAACACACUUACCUAUGGCAGAAGAAAACCUUUCCUUGUGCUGUUCUCUGUGUAUAGAGCAUCCUUGUUAGACUUGCAUCUCCUGCAGUUGUGAAUUUGCAUUAACCCUUCACUGUCGUUUUCCUUUCUCCCUAUGAUCAUGCACUCUUUCAAAACAGUUAUCCAGAAUUUUGAAUUGCUGUGGCCAUCAAAUGGAAGUAGCCAUAGUGGCUUACAAUUUCUCCUUAUGCCUAGCCUCCAGAAUGGGUUGCAUCUGAUUUCACAGUUAAUAGAGUAAUGGGUCCAUGGUUGACUACUUGACAGUAGUACAUCUUUCUGGAAAGGUAAGAAUGACUAGAUGACCUAGAGAAAAUUAGGAUUGCAAGAUAGAUGAGACAGCCUCCUUGUCAAAUAUUUGUUCUUCCUAAUCACUUUGACCUUUUCCCUUGACUUUUUUCCUAUUCUUGAUCUUUUCAAGGCUGAUUCCAUGAAUGACUUCAUUCAAAUCAGCUUAAAAGUGGUCACCUAAAAGUGGUAUUCUCUGACCACUUGACCUAAAAUAGCCACCCAGUGACUCCCUAUUUCAUCAAAUGAUGGAAAAAUGAAUGCUUUAUUUUCUUCAUCUCAAUCCCUUUCUAGAAGUAAUUUGCUUCUUUACCUGUUUACUUAUUUAUUGUUUAUUUAUUGUUUUUCUCCUACUAGAAUUUAAGCACCAAGAGGGUAGAAAUUUUGUCAUAUUUAGUACAGUUUCCCUGGCAACUAGAAUCAAAGUGAGAAUUCUCAGAGACUAUGAGGGUUCACUAUCUGUUUGCUGGAAGAUAUACAAGACUUUUGUGGAUAAUACUUAAAGCGAGAUAGGCCGGAUGUAUAAUGUACUUUUUCUUAGCUUUCCUAUGACUCUACUUAGCAACCUUUGCUAAAAGAAACACAACGAUGAUUCACUACUUUGAAGACACAUACACUAGACACUUAAAAUCAACAAAAGCAGAGAGGUCCCAAAUGUGGUAUCUUUUCACAAUAAUGUAUUUUAUCCGAAUUCUUGGAAUUGCUCAUGGUGUAAUUCAGAAUCAAAGAUCUGUGAACCCUGAGGCAGAUAUGAAUAUUAGCCAAAUUAUUUCCUACUGGGGCUACCCUGAUGAAGAAUAUGAUAUUGUAACUGAAGAUGGUUAUAUCCUUGGCCUUUUUAGAAUUCCUUAUGGGAAGACAAACAAUAAUAAAAAUCUAGUUCAGAGGGUUGUAUACUUGCAACAUGGUUUGCUUACAUCUGCCAGCAGCUGGAUUUCCAAUCUUCCCAACAAUAGUCUGGGCUUCAUUCUGGCAGAUGCUGGUUAUGAUGUGUGGAUGGGAAAUAGCAGAGGAAAUACCUGGUCCAGGAAACACUUGUACCUAGAAACAAAUUCCAAAGAAUUCUGGGCUUUCAGUUUUGAUGAGAUGGCAAAAUAUGACCUUCCAGCUUCCAUUGAUUUCAUUGUGAAGAAAACCAGACAAGAGGAAAUAUUUUAUGUAGGCCAUUCACAGGGCACUACUAUUGGUUUCAUAACAUUUUCUACUAUACCAAAGAUAGCUGAAAGAGUCAAAAUAUUUUUUGCCCUAGCACCAGUUUUUUCCACAAAGUACUUAAAAAGUCCUUUAAUUACAAUUACCUACAAAUGGAAGUCAAUAGUGAAGGUGUUUUCCGGCAACAAAGACUUCUUAUCUAAAACCUCAUUUAAAAAAUUUGUUGGUUCAAAGCUGUGUCCACUACAGAUUUUUGAAAAGAUUUGCCUCAAUAUCUUGUUUAUGAUGUGUGGGUAUGACCCAAAAAACUUAAAUAUGAGUCGUUUGGAUGUAUAUUUUUCACACAACCCAGCAGGAACAUCUAUUCAAAAUAUGCUCCAUUGGAGUCAGCUUUUAAAUUCUACUCAUUUGAAAGCUUAUGACUGGGGCAGUCCUGAUCUGAACUUGGUUCAUUAUAAUCAGACAACAUCUCCAUUAUACAAUGUGACAAACAUGAAUGUGGCAACUGCAAUUUGGAAUGGUGAAAGGGACUUAUUGGCAGACCCUGAAGACGUUAAAAUUCUACAUUCUGAAAUCACAAACCGCAUUUAUUAUAAAACUAUUUCUUACUACAAUCAUAUAGACUUUUUGUUUGGAUUAGAUGUCUAUGAUCAAGUUUACCAUGAAAUCAUUGAUAUUAUCCAAGAUAAUCUAUAAAGAACCAUGGCACUGUGUGUUUAAAGAUCUAUAUUAUUCCUACUAAAAUCCAAUUCUUAUAUUUUU